GGCCCCCGCGCUCCCCGCGCCCCUCGGCCACCAUGCCGCGCCGGCUGCGUGGCCUCGCGCUGCCCGCCGCCGCCUGCCAGGAGGCGGACGCGCCCUCGCGCUACGAGAGCCUCUUCCAGUCGCUGGACCGCGAUGGCGACGGCGUGGUGGACAUCGGCGAGCUGCAGGCUGGCCUGGCCCGCAUGGGCCUGCCCCUGGGCCGCGACGCCGAGGAGAAAAUUUUUGAUACUGGAGAUACCAACAAAGAUGGGAAGCUGGAUUUUGAAGAAUUUUCGAAGUACCUUAAAGAACAUGAGAAAAAAAUGAAAUUGGCUUUUAAGACUUUGGACAGAAAUAAUGAUGGAAAAAUUGAGGCUUCAGAAGUUGUCCAGUCUCUCAAGACCCUGGGUCUAAAUAUUUCUGAAAAACAAGCACAAUUGAUUCUAGAAAGCAUUGAUGCCGACGGGACCAUGACGGUGGAUUGGAAUGAAUGGAGGGACUACUUCUUAUUCAAUCCUGCUUCAGACAUCCAGGAAAUUAUUCGUUUCUGGAAGCAUUCUACAGGGAUUGACAUAGGGGACAGCUUAACGAUUCCUGACGAGUUCACAGAAGAGGAGAAGAAGUCUGGGCAGUGGUGGCGGCAGCUGCUGGCCGGAGGCAUCGCUGGGGCUGUCUCUCGAACAAGCACUGCUCCUCUGGAUCGCUUGAAGGUCAUGAUGCAGGUUCACGGUUCAAAAUCAGUGAACAUACUUGGUGGCUUUCGGCAGAUGGUAAAAGAAGGGGGUAUUCGUUCCCUUUGGAGAGGAAAUGGCACAAAUGUCAUUAAAAUUGCUCCAGAGACAGCUGUGAAGUUUUGGGCAUAUGAACAGUACAAGAAGUUGCUUACUGAGGAAGGACAGCAAAUACGAACCUCCGAGAGAUUUAUUUCUGGUUCUUUGGCUGGAGCCACGGCACAGACGUUUAUCUAUCCCAUGGAGGUUUUGAAAACCCGGCUAGCAGUUGGCAAAACUGGGCAAUAUUUUGGAAUAUAUGAUUGUGCCAAGAAGAUUUUGAAACAUGAAGGCACUGGGGCUUUUUACAAAGGUUAUGUUCCCAAUUUGCUGGGCAUCCUACCUUAUGCGGGCAUCGAUCUCGCUGUGUAUGAGCUCUUGAAGUCCUAUUGGCUGGAAAAUUUUGCAGAAGACUCUGUCAACCCAGGUGUCAUGGUGUUGCUGGGCUGCGGGGCCUUGUCCAGCACCUGCGGGCAGCUGGCCAGUUAUCCUUUGUCUUUGGUUAGGACUCGAAUGCAGGCUCAAGCCAUGGUGGGAGGAACUGAGCAGUUGAACAUGAUGGGCCUCUUUCGCCGAAUCAUUUCCAAAGAAGGAGUACCAGGGCUCUACAGAGGCAUCACCCCAAAUUUCAUGAAGGUGCUUCCUGCUGUAGGCAUCAGUUAUGUGGUGUAUGAAAAUAUGAAGCAAACUUUAGGUGUCACCCAGAAAUGACAAGUUGAACUUUCUGCUUUGGCAUGAUAUGAGUGAAAAUUUCUACCUUCUCUACAGUGACUUCUAGAAUUGCAACGAGACCACGAUCAAAGCAGCUAUAUAUUAUUUUCUUUUGUAUAAAAGGGAAGCAUCUUAUCAGUGAUCAUUUCAAACAUUUGGGCUCAAUUUUAUAUAGUCAGCAAUUCUUUUUUAAAUCAUAGUUUAUGCCAGUUCUUUGAUAUCCAAAUGUCUUUAUUUUUAAAGAUCAGUACAAUGAUAAGAAUAUCUUGAGGCUGAACUUAUUUUAUAUAUUUUAAAUGUCUUAAUAGACUUCGAAAAAUUUCCUCAUAGAACCAUUAAUUGAAAAAUCAGUGUAUAUAAAAUAUACUUUAUAACAGCUCUGUAAGUAGUAUAGAGUUUAUAUUCUUGUCUUUCUAUAAACAGAGUAGGAAUGAACUCAAGGACAAAUUUAUACAGAGCAACGAGAUCAUUUAUUUCAAUGUCAUCAUCUUUCCAUUUUACUUCCAUUAUUAUUUAGUUUCUGGAGCUCUACACUGAUGGUCUUAUGUUACUGUUAAAUUAUCCACAUAACAAAAAAUUGCGAGAUUCUGCUUAUUCUGCCAUUGCUUGGACAAGGUUUUCUCGAAGCAAACCUUUCUGACUUGCAUCUGUGUCGGAAUCGCAUCCUUUUAUUAGUCCUUAGUUUCCUACUCUUUGAAUCAGAGUCUGUUUUAAUCAGGAAGCCUUCUUGGGACCAUUUGUCAUAAUCUGAACUUCCUCUCCUAGUGACGUGAAGCAUUGAUUGCGAGUGAAUGGCACGCUGCUCUCCUCUUCCCUGCUGAAUUGUUUUCAACCUGCCAUUCUCAACUUGAACAGCAGAAAGCGGAGAAGAGUACAUACAAAUAUUAAUCCAUGUUAGUCAUAUACAUUAAAUCCUUAUAUUUAAAUGAUAGGCCAAAUGUGCAAAGCAUAUAUUAUCUACAUUUUCACUUAUCUCAAGUUUUAGGGACACAAUAGAAUCCUCACUUUAUAAUAGUGGUAGGCUUCAAAAGCCAUUUUUUUUGUAGUCCUUUUUCUUUGCUAAUUUGAGUGCUUAGAACUUAGAAAGAUAUUUAUUAAUUGAAGAUGUUUGAUUUCUUAAAUUCGGUUCACAAACGUAUUUGAUUUAUUUUUAUAGAUGGCCAACAUUUUAAUGAAAGUCUAGUCACACGAUAGGCACUUGCUUCCUUUGAGCCUACCUCUUUUAUCUUUUGAAGCAAACAGAAAAGAUAGAAGUGUGAAACAUGUCAGACUAUAUAGUAAUAUGUUCCUUAUGCUCAAUACAUGUCUCAAUAUUUUUAUACAAGAUAUGAUAAACCUGAGACUCUACUUCAUCUUCAGUAUUAUUUGUACUUUUUUUGAGUAAAACACAUAAAAAGACAAUAUUAAAGUCCAUGAUCAGUGCUUUCUUUUUUGUAACUCAUAAAAUUAUGAAAAUGAAUAAUUGUGCCAGAAUUCUUUAAAAUUUCAAGCUUAUGAAAACUUUGUACUUCAUUAUGAAUUGAAAUUGUUCCUCCUAGGUAUGAAUGUGAUUUCACUCUACCUCUUGUUAUCUUUUGAAAAUAAAUGAUCUUGUAUCUUUUGGGAAAAGAAAA